AGUAUCAAGUGUUUACAUAAACCCUUGACAGCGGCGACCAGACAAAAGCUUAGACACAGGCGGACUCAAUAAACAGCUUAAGUUACCUUUGUGGGUAAAUUAUGUCUGUGAAACACGCUAUUAGCCGGGGGCUGGAGCUGGGCCGGUCGGUCUUUCAGCUGGGUCUCCUCAAACCGGGGGCCCGAGUCGUAGCAAAGCUCCGAGCUGACCGUUUGCGUGUAGGCCCAUCGGCCCGCACCGUUCAGCCUCAGGCUUUCCUGCCGUCUCGGUACCGCUACUACCCAUCUUUGAAGGGCCUGGCAGCUCAGCUUCAGUCCGCCGGCUUCAGGAGAAGGUUUGGCGGUGGGUCCCCGCGAAACAGGGCCGUGUUUUUGGCUUUUGGUCUCGGCGUAGGGCUUAUCGAACAGCAGCUUGAGGAUGACAGAAAGAGUGCUGCGACUUGUCAGGAGAUCCAGGCAGUGUUUAGCAAGAAAAGAUUUCACAGUCCUCUCAAGCCCUUCCCCUCUGGAUAUAAACUGGAAGAUUACAUUAUUGGAAAUCAGAUUGGGAAAGGCUCGAAUGCUGCUGUAUACGAGGCUGCAGCUCCGUUCGCCCCUCCAAAAGAGAUCAACAGCUCCCUGGUGCAACUGAAAGAAGACGAAGAAGAAGGAGAGACGGCUCGAUCUCUGACAUGCUGCUCACUAAGAACUUUCCCUCUGGCUAUCAAGAUGAUGUGGAACUUUGGGGCAGGAUCGUCAAGCGAGGCGAUAUUAAAAUCCAUGUCACAGGAGCUGGUGCCUGCUGGGCCCCUGGCCUUAAAGCAGGAAAAAGAACAAAUCACUGUGGAUGGACAUUUUGGAGUCCUACCCAAAAGAAUUUCAGCACACCCUAAUGUGAUCAGAGUGUAUCGGGCUUUCACAGCGGACGUCCCGUUGUUACCAGGUGCCCAAGAAGAGUAUCCAGAUGUGCUGCCAGCCAGGCUUAACCCUGCCGGUCUGGGCAACAACCGCACUCUUUUCCUGGUCAUGAAGAACUACCCCUGCACACUGCGACAGUACCUGGAAGUGUCCCCUCCUGGCCACAGGCAGGGCUCUCUGAUGGUGCUGCAGCUCCUCGAGGGGGUCGACCAUCUGUGCAGACAGGGUGUUGCUCACAGGGAUCUCAAAUCAGACAACGUGCUGUUGGAGUUUGACUCUGAUGGUUGCCCUCGUUUAGUGAUUACAGACUUUGGCUGCUGCCUGGCCCAGAGUGACUGUAGCCUACAUCUGCCCUUCAACAGCAUGUGGGUCAACAGAGGAGGGAAUGCCUCCCUUAUGGCCCCUGAGGUAGCCACUGCAGUUCCAGGGUGUGGUGCAGUGAUUGACUAUAGCAAGGCAGACGCCUGGGCUGUGGGUGCCAUCUCGUAUGAGAUAUUCGGCCUGCAGAACCCGUUCUAUCGAGCAGUGGGACUGGAGAGCAGGAGUUACCAGGAGAAGCAGCUUCCACCUCUGCCCUCCAAUGUUCCAACUGAUGUGCAGUUAGUGAUCCGAUUGCUCCUCAGGAGGAACCCAAGCAAGCGUCCCAGUGCUCGUGUGGCGGCUAACAUGCUACAUCUUAGCCUCUGGGGGCGGAAGGCCCUGGUCAAUAAGGACAGCAUUGGUAUGUCGAAAUUGGCUGAUUGGCUGCUGUGCCAGUCUGCUGUGGUUCUCCUGAAGAGCUGUAGUGGACUCAGUGGGAACGUGGUGGAGGCAGAGCUUCAGAGGAGUUUCCUGUCUAACCUGGACCUGGAGGACCUGCGCACCGCUGUGGGCUUCCUCCUGUACGGACGAGAGCUGCGUCAGGCCUGCAUGCUGUCUGCAUAGAUCCACUCUCACUCAUUCAGAAACAUAGCUUAGGAGUCAUUGGCAGGGAUGUACUGGGAGCCUAGAGUUAAUACUUGCUUUGAUUUUCAGUCAGACUUAUCUGUAUUUAUAAUAUGUAUAGCCUUUAAUCAUCUAAUGGCUAUUAAGGCAAACCCCACUGACACUGUACUCUUCCAAUCUUUUUCUGUUACUGUCUGAAUUCCUGCAGUUAUUGUGAAUUAUGAAAUGGUGUAAUUAAUCUUUUUGGAUUGCCUGGUCCCUCCCAAACCAGUCUUGUCUUUUGCUGCUGAAAUGCUGAGCUGCAUUUCCCAGGUUGUGUUCUCUCAGCAUCACUUCAAUGCCAGCAGGAGUUAAAACAAAGUGCUACUAGUGCCCCUUUGUGAAAAAUGCAACAGGUCUUGUGGGUGCAUUGCAUCAUGGACUAUUGAGGCUAUUGUUGGCCUCGGUAUCUUUUUGUUUUCUGCAGCUAAUAUCCUUAAAUGAUUGUUUGUCUGCACCAAACAACUAAAUUAGCCCAGAAAUGCAAGGUUCCAAUGACUGCUGGAAAUUCUAAUGCUUGGGUGUUAUUUGUUGAUAUUUAUUAAGAAAGACACACAGUUGCUACCUGAGCGAUUAAAAUAGCUCUGUGUGUAUAUAUUUUUGACUCAUAAAGGUGAAUGCACAUAUUUUACAUUAGAGUGAAAAGCAUACCGAAACAACAUUCUACACUUGUCAGGCCCUACUGUGUAGGGUGACAUUAAAUUUUACAUAUUCACAGGAAACAUGCUACCCUUAAACAGUUAGUAUGCCCGUUGCACUGGUUGCCAGUGGGUCUGUAAUCUUGGAAGCCAAACAAUCAGUAAUUUCCCCAUUUUGCACAACGUAAUGCAUGUGAAAACCUCCCCAACAUGUUGUUACACAAUUAUCACAAUGAUGAUGGUAGAUAGCAUGGAUCAUGCAGAUUAUUGACCGACCCAAAGGAUGUGAUUUUGUUUUGCUCUUGUUCCUGAGGUUUGCACUUUAUGUCCAUGUUUGCACAUGCUCAAAGCCAUUGUGCCGGUUUACUGGUGUUUGUUUGUUGCCAGCUUAUCUAUUAUAUCCAUCCAUCCAUCCAUCGUCAACCGCUUAUCUAUUAUACCUAUUCUAAAAUAAAUUAUGCCAAAUCCAUGAUUUGAAUCACAAUGACAUCUUAUCAAAACUAGUCACAGCUUACUAUUUUGGCAUCAUAACAUGCAUAAUUAUAUAUCAUGUGUCAGGGAUGCAAGAUAGUGUUUUCAUAAUGAAAAUAAAUAUUUUGGAUAUAGGUAGCUUUUUCUGCUGUGUUUCAGAAUAAAGGUAUCUGUCAGAAAAGA